CUUGAAGCAGCGGCAGUCUAUCAGACCAACAUGCAAGCAGAUUCCCCACCCCCACCUCGGCUGAGGAAGAGUUCUGGGCAAUGCCUUGCAUCCUAAAGCAUGGAAAGUCACUUUUCAUACAAUUACCGUCUACUGACAUCAUUACCGAAAGCGAAGAGACGAGAUGCUAGUUUUCAUUCUUGACUUAAAAAGUUGUCAAAAGACAACUAUGCCACUCUUAAGAUGGCCGCCAGCUGUUCGGUUCCGCAGAGGCAAAAACCCUCUAUGGUUUUUAACGUCAUCUCCGGUGAUAUUCUAAGCGGAGAUGACGUCUUUACCCUGCCCGCAAAGAAUUCCGGAGCGUGCUGCUGCGGCACCGUCGCUAUGGAGACGGCCGAAAGCCGGCUGUCGGUGUCGAAGACCCUGCGAGCUCUCAAUAGCGUCCUCCCAGGAAAAGUCGGAGAUGGAGCCGGUGGGUUGAUGUGGUUCAAGGAGAGCAGCAGCCGGAACUUGCGUAGUCGCGACUUCCUGGCCCCGCAGGCUGCGCUGAAGGCGGUGUUUGGGGAUGGACAGGUGUCCAAGAGUAUAAUGGAGAGUGUGUGGGCGCUUAAAUGUCCAGGUGUGCCACCCAUCCAGAACUGUCAAAACGCUCCAACAGGACUGACUGUGCAGCUGGACAGACCUGCUGUCUUUGAGGAGAUCCUGAAAGCCAUUCCUUUAUAUGCCAAACCUCACCAAAUAGCCCCUGGGCACAGCAUUGUGCUCAACUGUGUGCCUCUGCAUGGGUGCAAGAGCCUGAACUCGCUUAGCUUGAGUCAUCUGAGAGCCAUCCUGGUCACCGACCACCUGGCAGGCAUGUUCCAGGCUCAAGGGAUGGAUGUACACCUGGUCCCUGCUCUGGCUGAUGAGGAAACCCAGAGGUUUCUGCACCAGUUGCGAAUUGAGUGGCCUUCAGUUUUGGAAACUUUCCCCAGCUCUGAGGAUAUUCUCGCCAUGAAGGAUGCCCUUCGCCAGUGUCCUCAUGCCAUGUUUGCCAAGACAGACCAGGAUGGAGUCGUGUGCAACCUGCACUUGAAAGGGUUCUUGGGAAAGCAACAGCAGCAGAAAGAGAGCCUGGAAGGAUAUGACCCUAACCUGGAUGUAUUUCUUGUAACAGAGGAGAAGCUGCUGCAUGUGGCUCAGCUGCAACGGGUCGCCUCCCAGUGUGCGAUGCUGGCACCAGGAAGAUGCUGCAGUGUUGUACAUGUGCUGAGCAAUGAGGAGGCAUUCCAGCAACAAAAGGUGGAUUUGCUGUGGAGGCUGAUAGCUCCACAAGCUCCCCCUACCCCCCAGAAACACCUUGUCUGUGGGCCAGUGAAAGUCACUGCCAGUGCUUCUCCUGUGAGCAUUCUCCAGUACUUCCAGCUGCGGCACUCCCAGAUGUAUGAGGCUUCAGUGCUGAAGUAUGGAGACCUCUCUCAGGAUGAUGUCUGGACAGAAACCAUCAAUGUUUUGACAUCAGCUGCCAUCCGAUUUGAGAUGCUGAGCACAGCUCAUCGGAACCAGAUUCUCUUGGAUUUGGAGGAGGCCAGCAUCUCUACCAAAGGGACCAAGAGUGGCACCUUUGUAAUGUACAAUUGUGCUCGUCUUGCUACACUGUUUGAAACAUACCAGCGGGAAGCAGAGCAAGGUGUGUACCCAGCUUUUCCACUGCCUUCAGAGCUGAACUACUCCUCCCUCAGAGAAGAGGGUGAAUGGCUCUUGUUGUUCAACAGUAUCCUGCCCUUCCAGGAGGUCUUGAGCCAAGCAAUCCAGCUCCCGUUCUCCAGCAGUGGAAUCAGGAUCACAGCCAGCACUGAGGCAGUUUGCAAGUUCCUGAUCCAACUGAGCAUGGAUUUCAGUUCAUACUACAACCGGGUGCACAUACUGGGGGAGUCACGUCCCCACUUGUUCAGCCAGAUGUUUGCCCGGUUGCAGCUUAUGAGCGCAGUUAGAGAAGUGUUCCACAGUGCCCUGCUGACCCUCCACCUCCCUCCUCUUAACCAGAUCUGAGCAAGCCACGUUCACACUUGCUGUGGCCUUCACGGGCACCCUGCAGCAGCCAUUCUGAGCUGGCCAUUUCCAUUGUGAAGAUGAAUGGGAGGACUGGAAUAACAUGGUUGGUGUGGGGCAGGGAGCGAAGAGAAUACUGUUGUCUUUGACAAUCACCACGCAGAACGUAAUCUUACUGUUUGGACUCAAAGGGUUCCUCUUCCUCAGUGUUGGUAGAAAGAAGAUCCAGAAAGACAGCAAUGACUUCUUGCAUGUUUCUGAAGCUGAAAAGCUACGGAAAUUUUUUUGGUGCCAAUGUUGCCAAAUGCUAGUUGGCAACAUAAAGGACUAAAUCUGGACUAGGAAACAAAAUGGGGUGGGGUGGAGGGAAUGAAUGCACUACUUGAAGAAUCAGCUGGCCCUGAUGCCUCAAGGGGAGUAAGAAGAAAUCGAAGAAAUCGCUUGGAGGUCAUGUUCAAGCAAGCUAAGAGUCUGCAGCUGAUGGAUGUAAAUAUGGGUCACUUUUUAAAAUACUAAACUCUGUUCUAAAAUAGCUAAAAUGUUUUGGUUUUGUUACUGCCUCUUUACAAAGGAUUUUGGCAUCAGCUGUGGCUGCAAGAGGUUGCAAAUAAAUGCAAGGAUUCUUGGCUGCAGUUUGGGGAGAGGACAAAGGCAUUGCCUUGAAAGGGGGUAUGCUUUUCCACAAAUAGCAUUUUGCUCUUCAAAGGUAGGCAGUUGGUUGGUUAUGGUGGGGAGGAAAGGGGCUGAGGUGAGCCACCAGCAUGGCCAAAGCGGGCCCUAGUUGCUACUUCCUUCAGCUUAUGGGAGCCAGUUUGGUGAAGUGGAUAAGAGUGCGGGACUCUAAGCUGGAGAACCGGGUUUGAUUCCCCACUCCUCCACUUGAAGCCAGCUGGGUGCCCUUGGGUCAGACACAUCUUCUAGGAGCUCUCUCAGCCCCACCCAGUUCACAGGGAGAUUACUG